CAGGGACUAAGGAUGAACCAGGACCAGACUCACAACUGCCAGGUGCCAGUUGCAGUCUGAGCCUUGCCUUUGCCAUUCUAACCCUGCCACUGUCGCUCCUGCAAUGCUGUCCGUGUGCAGCAGCUGAGGGCACACAAACAGCACAGCAAAGCAUCGCUGCACUCUCUCAGGGCAUAACCUGUGUCCCACGGCAACUGCAGCUCCUGCUUGCAGCCUGGGACCUGCAUGGAGGGUUCAGAGAGCAGUGGCUGCCUGCAAAGCACCAGGGAGGCUUCGCUGUCCUGCAACCAGUCACCCAGGGCAAAGGAGCGGCGCAGUUUGAUGCUAUCAAUGGCAGAAACGUCAUGAGGGAGCGUCAUCAACUUGGCUUCAAGGCUGGCUGCAGCCAUGGAGCCACUGCGCCGAGUCUUGCUGCUUGGGGAGGGCAACUUCUCCUUCGCUGCCUCCCUGUGUGGGGCCACCAGGACCCACAUCGUGGCCACUUGCUACGAGAGCAAAGAGGAGGUGUCUGGGUGGGAGCGAGCCGCGGAGAACAUCCAGCAGCUGCGGGAGAGAGGAGCUGAAAUUGUGUUCUCUGUGGACUGCACCAAGCUGAAGGACUAUUUUUCACCAGAAAAAAGAGAAUUUGAUUGCAUUUAUUUCAACUUUCCUCACUGUGGCAGAAAGGCUGGGGUAGUGAAGAACAGAGAGCUGCUCUCCCACUUUUUCCGUAGCUGUGCAGAAGUGCUGGCAGAGGAGGGAGAGAUCCACGUGGCUCUUUGUAACGGGCAGGGUGGGACACCUGCAGACCAGCCACAACGAGAAUGGCACAACAGCUGGCAAAUCGUGGCUGUGGCAGCAGGAGCUGGAUUUAUCCUGAGCAAUGUUCAUCCUUUCAAAGCAGAGACAAUCCAUGGAUAUAAGUGUACAGGCUACAGGAGUCAAGACAAAUCCUUCUGUGUAGAAGGUGCAUUAAACCACAUCUUCACACGAAGUACGCCGCUUCCCUGCUUCAAACCUGUGAUCUGUGAGACAGAACUGGGAAGCCGAAAAGUUUCUUUUCAAGUACCACAAGUACUUGUGGAUAAAAUCAACAGGGGUUUCCUAGAGCUGAAUUCAAAUCAUCCAGUACGGACAGUAAAGGAGAAGCUCACUACAGAGCUCAGCCAAGCCUUUCCAUUACAAGACAUUGACUGCUGCCUUUCUCUGCUCCACCAACGUCACCUCAAUGAGGUUUGUCACUCAAAUCUCUUUUGGAUCAGUCUAAGCCCAGAGGAGACUCCAAGCACUGAAGAAAUGUCUCAUGGACUGGCAAAUGCAGUUUCAUUCUCCCACGCUGAUCAUAGCAGGGACACAGACAGGAAUGGCUGGGUGGAUGCACCGGCGGGAUGCUGCACUUCAAAACAGUAUUAUCUAAGACCUUCCCUGCUACCUUGUGCUCAGGCAAUAAUACAGAGAGGAGCCUUUCUCCCAGGGACACUUCAUGUUCUUUCUGGUCCAGUUUUCAGGAAGUGUCUUAUUGCUUCUUCCUCCAUGCCAGUUUUUCAUGAGAUGGUUUUUGUAUGUGCAGUUGUCAGGGGUACAGAGAACAGCUGUAUCCAGAUGUUGGUGAACAGCAUUAAAACCAGCAUCCAUUCUCUUCACCAGACUGUUUCUGACUUAAAAGUGAACAUCAGUCUGCAGGAAGCAAUGAGCUUUGAAACAGCUGAGCUAAAUGACUUUGCUGCUUUUGAAUCUCAGCUUAGUAAAAUUGAGCACUUCAUCCAUAUGGAGGUCGAUACCUUCAGCUCCUGUGAGAAGGGCUCCUGGGUGGGAGUUAUAAGGACAGCCCAUAAUGAACUAGUGAGCAGUGAGCUGGUUGUUGUCUUUGCUUCAUUGAAUCUUGACAUCCUAGCCAUGCUGAUCUGUGGAAUAGCUGACUGGCGAAUGCUCUGGACAUCAGAUAGGCGGUUCCUCCUUCAGUUUCCUAGAGGAGAGUUAAGGCUUUUCAAGAGUUUUUCUCUCUAUCCACCUUCCUACAAGCAUGAUGUCAGCUUUUGGGUUCCUGAUGGGGAACAAUUUGAUGAAGUUGCUUUUCACACCAUUGCCAGGCAGGUGUCAGGUGAAAUGGCUGUGUCCAUCCAGUUAAUUGACAGUUUCCAGCACCCAGAGAUGGGACGGAAGAGCCUCUGCUACAGGCUGACUUUCCAGUCCUGUGAUAAGGCACUGAGCCAUCAGGAGGUGGCAGAGAUGCAGCUGCUCUUUAGGAAGGAAAUAAACCAAUGCUUGCGUGUAACUCUUCGGUAGAGCUUUGUAUGUUGUGUUUGGGUGCUGCUCGAGCAGUGUCCGUGCUGGUUGCUGAUCUGGAGAACGUGGCCAGCAUCUUGUUGCACCUAACACUGUGUGUUAUGGCAGUGCCUCUUACAAAGGCAGCGUGGACUGCAAGUCCCUAAACGUGGGGAUUCCUGUUAAUGGAGACCAAGCAUCUUCCUGUUCUGUGAGUGUGUAAUGAAACCUCAUUUUAAACAGCAGAGCCUUUUUUGGUAGGGUCCUGCCAGACCGGACUUGGUCUCCUUACUGAUGUCAAUUCACUUUUCCUAUUCUUUCUGGUGUUUGCCCAGUGCUUUGUGUCACUGGUGGCGACUCUAUCAGGUACACUGAAAGAAAGAAGAUCUGUUUCCAAAGGGUUGUGUACAGUCUGAGCACUGAAAGCUCUGUGUGCGGGUGUCCAAUCUUUACUGAAGGAUGGUGGGUACUGGGCUGCUGGUGCCACGGUGCACUCGGGAGGGGCCCAGCUGCAUGAACCAGCAGACUUUGUCCUGAGUAGCUAAUACAGACACUGAUCACAAAUGGCAAUGCCAGUACGAGAUCCCAGAGCAUACCAACUGAAACUAAAAAUAAGCUGGGGCCUGGCCAGUGCCCUGGACUCCUGGGCACUUUGUAGUCCAGACAGCAGCUUGAGCCCCCAGUAAGCAGGGGUGCAGCCUUUAUGGCUGCUGCUUUGCAUGCUGAGCUCCAUUUGCCCAGCGUACCAACACCCAAGCCCAGCUCCAGCACUGGCUAGAACUCUGUGGGCAGCAGAGUUGGCACCUUGGGGAGCACCAACUUGGUCAGAAACCCAGGGAUUUUGAGGUGGUUUCCCCUUUUUGAAUGCUUCUCUCUCAGCAUACCUGUGGGAAGGAAGCCAGUGGACUUCAGCCUCUGAGAGAACACGUUCCUCCUCUUUGUCCUGAAACAGGUCUUGUCACUGCC